AUGCCGCAACGUCGCCCAUUCCUCGACUAUCCGCAGAAGGAUCGCUACCCCCUGAGCCACACGUUCGACUACCGGAGCGGCAUGCCCAUGGCCCGGUCGCUGCCGACCUCGGUCUCAUCGCUUCAGCGAUCGCUGCAGCUGCGCCACUUGGAGACUCGGCAGUCGAGACCGCCCUCCGAGAUCCGCAACGUCGCGACGCUCGGGAGCGGCCGCACUUCGGAGGAGUCCCGCAGCACCGACGACGAUCCCCACAAACACCGAAGGAGGAGGCCAGCCGCCUCCAAGAACUUCCUGCCAAACUUCGCCGUAAAUGACAAGAAGGUUUUGCACUUCCAAGGCUACUUCCGAGAGGAAAUUGAUAACUCGCCAUUGGAGCAGUACCGAGUACGGCCUGUUGACAUUUUCUACUUCCUCGAAGACGAUGGCAUCUCGGUGCGAGAACCCAAGCAGGAGAACAGUGGUCUCAGUCAGGGUUGCGUGCUGCGGAGACAUCGCAUCCGCAAGUCGGACGGCCGCUGCUUCCACUGGAGCGACCUGAACGUGGGGAACACCAUCUCGCUCUACGGCAUCACCUACAAGAUUGUCAACUGCGACAAGUUCACCAGGGACUACCUGCGUCAGCAGGGCGUCGAGGUGCGGCCACCCGAGCCCCUGCCCGAGGACCCGUACACGGCUAGCCGACGCGCCCUCUCCCAGCAGCGGCGCAAGCUGCACACUACCAAGAGCCAGCGGGACAAGCUGUGGCGCUUCUUGCGCUACGACCGCCACGUCCUCCGCUUCUUCUGCGUCGAGGACGGCAAAGGGGUCGUCGACCCCAGGCACCGAAAGAAACUGGUCCUACAGUACUUCUUGGUGGACGAAACACUCGACUUGAAAGAGAUGCACCGGCCGUUGGAACAACGGGAGCUCGCACCGAUUCUGUUGGGACGCCAAAGGAUCCCCAAGGCGCAAGAAAGCAGGGGUUUGUUCGGCAAGUACGAAACAGAAAGCGACGGAGAAGAGUACAUUGGACCCGAGGACUUGCAGCUGGGCCGGCGGCUCAACAUCUAUGGUCGCAGCUUUCUCAUCUACGACUGUGAUGAUUUCACCAAGAACUUUUAUCGUGAGCACUUUGGAGUGGAACACUUCGACGUCAUAGACGUUGACAUCAAAGAAGAAGAGAGGCCACAGCAGCCCGUUCCUCCCCACAAUGGUUUCGGUUCUCCCGAAGACACCCUGCAAUCAGUGCUGAGGAUAACUCCGAGGAGGGCAAGGAAGGACAGCCGCCAGAUCCUGGAGAAGGAAGGUAUAGUCCUACGCUUUCAGGCGACGCUGGACAGCACCCUGCCGCUGGACAAAGAGCGCAGCUUCGUGAUCUGCUUCUACCCAUCGGACGAGACGGUGUCCAUACUGGAAAGGCCGCUGCCGAACUCGGGCGUUCCGGCCGGAAAGUUCCUGCGUCGCAUGAGGCUGCGCAAACCACUCAACGGGUUCCCGCCGCAGUCGUCGGCGGCCGAGCCACGCUACUACGGCGUCGGCGACUUCCGGGUGGGCAACGUCAUCGAGGCCGUCGGCAGGCGCUUCAUCAUCGUGCGCGCCGACCAGUUCGCGACCAACUACAUCAAGCGCCACCACAUGGAAACGUUCGCGAACGGUUGGUGA